UCUUUCUCAAUGAUGAGGAAAGAUGGAAUGUUCAUCUCUGUACAACAAAAAUUCUGUAAUUGGAACUUUAGCUUUCUUUCCAAGAACACCUGAGAAUAUUAACUGCCACACUUUUCCAUCAACAUGUUCUUUUCCAUUAAAUUCUACAAACCCCUUUGCUACCCUUUCUUCUUCUUCUGCCGUGAAGUGUUAUGGUCAGAAUUAUGGGGAUGAAGAGCCCCUUUCUACUUCUCUGGCAUAUGAUGUUCUUGGUGUUGCUCCUAAUUGCUCUGCAGAUGAGCUGAAAUCUGCUUUCAGGAAUAAGGUUAAGAAGUUUCAUCCUGAUGUAAGGAGAGAUGGGAAUAGUUCAGAUAAAAUGAUUCGCCGUGUCAUUCAAGCCUAUGAGAUGUUGUCCAACUUCACAAAGUCAGAGAUAAUAGAAAGGGAAUGCUUAGAUCCAUUUGAUCAGCCAGAAUGUGAAGCAUUUGAUCUCUUUGUUAAUGAGACUGUUUGUAUUGGAAAAGGUUGCCAAUUUUCAUGUGUUAAGAAAGCACCUCAUGCAUUCACUUUUUCCUCGUUGACAGGAACUGCGCAAGCAACUUCUCAAGGACAUGGUGAAGAUUACCAAGUCCAUCUUGCAGCUGGUCAAUGCCCCAGGAGCUGCAUACAUUAUGUUACACCUUCUCAAAGAGUAGUUCUUGAAGAGCUACUUGGCAGCAUCAUGAGCACACCUUAUGAUACAUCAGCAGAAGCAGACUUGCUUUAUUCGCUAAUUGUAAAAGCUCGUUUUGAGAACAAUCGCUACCAGAAGCCCAAGAAGCAACCUAAGGCCUCAACCAAACAUGUAGACUGGUUCUAAAUCUUGAAAGUCCUCAUAGAAAACCACCUUAUUGUGUGUAGAAACUCGGAAUUUGAACAGAGGUUGCCACUUCAAAGGCUAUGCAAUGCUGAAGUGAUCAUGUACGAUGGGGGAAAUAUUAUUUGAGUUGACUGUCAACCUUAUGCUAUGUUAUCGAAGUCCUAAAUGGUCUUCACUCUGCAGCAGCAUAUGAAACAUAUGAUGCUGGGCACAACUGUUGGGAAAAGCAGCUGCAACUGACUGUCUGAAUAUUUGGUGAUAUGAGAUUGAUGUAGAUAU